CAGGCGGCUCUCGUGGAGGCAGCUAGCGCGAGGCUGGGGAGCGCUGAGCUGCGCGUCGUGCCCUGCGCUGCCCAGACUAGUGAACAAUACAGGUACGUCUCGCACCGCCCGCGCUCGCCACCGCCGCCGCCGCCGCCGCCGCUUCUGCAGCUGCAUCUGCACCCGCACAACUUUCCGGCCUGAUCCUCCUCGAGCGUGCAGAUACUGCUCUCGCUGUGUCUACUCCCGCACCCUUGCCGCCCCUUCUCCUUCUCUGCUGCUAGGUGGCCAGAAAGGAAGAAGCAAUUCAGUCAGGAUGGCUAAAGGUGACCCCAAGAAACCAAAGGGCAAGAUGUCUGCUUAUGCCUUCUUCGUGCAGACAUGCAGGGAAGAACAUAAGAAGAAAAACCCAGAGGUCCCAGUCAAUUUUGCUGAGUUUUCCAAGAAGUGCUCUGAGAGGUGGAAGACAAUGUCCGGCAAAGAGAAAUCAAAGUUUGAUGAAAUGGCAAAGGCAGAUAAAGUACGCUAUGAUCGGGAAAUGAAAGAUUAUGGACCAGCCAAAGGAGGCAAGAAGAAGAAGGAUCCUAAUGCCCCCAAAAGACCUCCGUCUGGAUUUUUCUUAUUCUGCUCUGAAUUCCGCCCCAAGAUCAAAUCCACAAACCCUGGCAUCUCCAUUGGAGAUGUGGCAAAGAAACUGGGUGAGAUGUGGAAUAACUUAAGUGACAGUGAAAAGCAGCCUUAUAUUACCAAGGCAGCAAAGCUGAAGGAGAAGUAUGAGAAGGAUGUUGCUGACUAUAAGUCUAAAGGGAAGUUUGAUGGUACCAAGGGUCCUGCUAAAGUUGCCCGGAAAAAGGUGGAAGAAGAGGAUGAGGAGGAGGAAGAGGAAGAAGAGGAGGAGGAGGAAGAGGAAGAUGAAUAAAAACUUUGUCUCCUUGUGAAUACCUUAGAGUAGGAGAGCGCCGUGAUGGCACAUCUCUUAUUUGAGCUGUGUCUAUUGCCCUUGUUAGGUUUAAUUACAAAAUUUGAUCACGAUCAUAUUGUAGUUUCUCAAAGUGUCAGUGGUUUACAUGAAGUGGCCGUGGGUGUCUGGAGCGCCCUGAAACUGUAUCAAAGUUGUACAUAGCUCCAAACAUUUUUAAAAUGAAAAGGCACUCUGGUGUUCUCCUCACUCUGUGCACUUUGCUGUUGGUGUGACAAGGCAUUUGAAGAUGUUUCUGGCAUUUUGUUUUCAACUUGUAAGGUAGUGUUAACUAUAUGGUUAUUGGCUAGAAAUCCUGAGUUGUCAACUGUAUAUAUCUAUAGUUUGUAAAGAGAACAAAACCACCCAGACAGAUUCUUGAUGCUUGUUUAGCGUGGAGGCUGUGAGGGGAAGAUGCCUUUUGGAGGGGGCCGUAGCUCAGGGCGUGCACUGUGAGGCUGGACCUGUUGAUACUGCGGUGGGCAUCCAUUUAGCUUCAGGUUGUCUUGUUUUUGUAUAUAGUGGCAUAGCAUUCUGCUGACAUUCUUAGUUGUGGAAAAGGGGGGAGGGGUCAGCUGGCAUGAGAAGUGUUUGGAUUUUUUUUUCCUUUAGUUAAGUGCAGUAGAUUUUAAAAUGUUUUUAAACAAAUUGUAGGAUUCAUCGUCAGCAAAGCUAAGAACUACUGCAUCAAUUAAAGUUCAAGAACCCUCUGUACCUAAAUGCAAUUUGCAACAUUCUGUUAUUUUUUGUAUGUUUAGAAUGCUGAAAUGUUUUUGAAGUUAAAUAAACAGUAUUACAUUUUUAAAA